AAUCAAACCACAGCAUGCAGACAAUAAUAAGGAGUAGACACAACACAUCUGUGAAGUUGCUGCUGUGGACCAGAGCGCCAGACCUCGGGCAGAACUGCAGUGCUAGGUGUGACAGACUACACCAAAAUGCUUAGAUGGGGAGAUAACUUCUGAUAGAUGUGACUGCAGGCUGUGUAUUCCCGAUUUGCCAAUGGCAGCUGAGGAGGCAUCACUUCUUUGAGUGGAGUUUGUGCACACACAAUCUAUGUUUGUACCCAGGGCCAACACAGGUUAACAAGGCCAAGAAGGAGGGGAGGACAUGGGAGUGGGUAAUAGCCAGGGAGGACUUCAGAGCAUUAACAUGGGGGGAGAGGGAGGAAGGCUGAGGAUUGAGGGUGCUCCCUGUUGCUUCUGCCUAUGUGUCAAGUGGCAGUAGAAAUUUUGAAAGCUGUGAGGAAGAGCUAGUGGUACCCCACCCUCCCCACUUCUAGGAAAACCUCUUUCCAUUCCGAGGUAAUUGAAUUGAAGGAGGAGGACUGACCUGAGAAUAGGAGGAAAGCAAUUGUUCUGGGGCUCCUCCUCCUGUCAUUUUUAUCACUUGCCUCCUGACUCUUCUCCAAAUCAAGCUCAUCCACGUCAAGGUGGCAGCAGAAUAUCCUGUACAAGUGCCAGCUGUCGGGAAUCUGCUGACGCCACCCUGUGCAUCCCAAGCUUCCCUGUUAUCCAGCCACCACCCGUGACCAUUGGGACUGCUUCUGAUGGCUGUGGCCUCCACUGCCCCAGAGAGCAUAUUCUCUAAGCAGCUCCUUUUCUCUUUUCUGGUUUUAAUAUUAUUUUGCAGUGCCUGUCAGACUAUUUCUCUUCAAGUUCCUUCUCAUCUUCAGGCUGAAGCACUUGUAGGCAAAGUGAAUCUGAAGGAGUGUCUCUGGUCGGCCAGCCUAAUUCAGUCAAGCGGUCCUGACUUCAGCAUUCUAGAAGACGGCUCCACUUACACAGCACAUAACCUCAUUUUGUCUUCUGAAAAGAAGAAUUUUUCCAUUUUGCUUUCAGACACUCAGAGACAGGAACAGAAGGAGAUAGAAAUUGUACUGGAAGCAGGAGGAAGGAAGGUAUAUAUCUACGCCUAUGCAACUACUGUGGACGGUUAUGCACCUGAGUACACACUCCCCUUACUAUUCAAAGUUGAAGAUGAUAACGAUAAUGCCCCAUAUUUUGAAGACAAAGUGACUGUCUUUAGUGUGCCUGAGAAUUGCCAAACCGGAACUUCAGUGGGAAAAGUGACUGCCAUAGACCUCGAUGAACCUGAUACUCUACAUACUUGUCUGAAAUAUAAAAUCUUACAGCAAAUUCCAGACAAUUCAAAGCAUUUCUCCGUACAUCCAGACAUCAUCACCACAACUACAUGUUUACUAGAUAGAGAAGUAAUGAAUUGCUUAAUUAAUUUCUCAGUCACUAAACUAUGUGUAACAGAGACUCAUUUUGGUAUGUUUAUCGAACAGUCAUUGAACUAUGAAGUACAUCGCCAAAUGGUUUUGCAAAUUGGUGUACUUAACGAAGCACAAUUCCCUAAAGCAGCAAACCCACAAACUCCUACUAUGUGCAUUACAACUGUCACUGUUAAAGUUAAAGACCAUGGUGAGGGCCCCGAAUGCCAACCACCAGUAAAAGUUAAUAAGAGUAAAGAUGCUCCCGUGGGCACAACACUCCUUGGAUACGAAGCAGUGGAUCCGGACAGCAGCACUGCUGAGGGCUUAAGGUAAUAAAAAAACAGAGAUGAAGAUAACUGGUUUGAAAUUAAUGAAUACACUGGUGACUUGAAAACUGUAAAAGUUCUAGAUAGAAAAUCAACAUUUGUAAAAGACAACCAAUACAAUGUUUCCGUGAUUGCAAUGGAUGCAGAAUCACUGAAUUUCUUUAGAAGGAAUGGGCGAGUGUAUGAACAAACACAUAUCAAAUCUCACGGAAAUAAACAAAAGUUGAAAUUACUUAUAUAUUUUUAUUUUUUAGGUAUUUUGUUUACAUAUAUCUGUGUUACUGCUAAGAGUACAGUAAAGAAAUGUUUUCCAGAAGAUGUAGCCAAGCAAAACUUAAUUGUAUCAAAUACUGAAGCACCCGGAGAAGUGAUGGAAGCAAAUAUUAGACUCCCCACACAGAAAUCCAACAUCUGUGACACAAGAAUGUCUGUUAGCACACUUGGUGGCCAGGGAGUCAGAACACAUCAAAGUUUUGAGAUGGUCAAAGGCUGCUACACUCUGGACCCCAUCAAAGGAGGCAGACAUCAGACCUUGGAAUCUGUCAAGGGUGUAGGACAAGGAGUGACGAACACCAGCAGAUACACAUACAACGAAUGACACAGCUUCACCCAGCCUCGGCUUGACGAAAAGGUGUAUCUGUGAGGAAAAGACAAGGAGCAUAAACAUUCUGAAGACUACGUUCACUCCUAUAACUAUGAAGGAAAAGAGUCUGUGGCUGGCUCCGUUGGCUGCUACAGGGAUCUGCAGGAAGAAGAGGGGUUUGAGUUUCUAGAUCAUCUGGAACCCAAAUUUAAGACCCUAGCAAAGACACGUGUCAAGAAAUAAGUGUGCCUUUUAAUAGAGUAACAUCUACGAUGCAUAUGUAGGAGUUUAUUGAAUGUAAAAUGACAGCAGCAUCUGCUAAACUGUUUGUUUAUUGGAGGUAAACUUCUAGUCAUAUAGAUAAGGAUACUAUAAAUACGAAGCUUCCUCUAAUUCUCCUUGUCUGAGAUAACUUCCAUGUUCUCCAGAAAUAAAUGUUUCAUUUGUUAAUUUCCAUUUAUAUGCAUUUACAUAUUGCCCUUUCUAGGACUGUACUAUGUGCUGUCUUGCACCUUCUAUUUGAAAACUUAUGUUACUUGGUAUGCUCUGGAAGAGUAUAUGGGGAGCUAGUGAAAAGUACAUUUUUAUUUUAGAUGAAAAUUAAAUAUUUUCUUCACCGUC